AUGGGGGGCGGAGGAAAGGAAAUCAAAGCUGCCGCAGCCGAAGGGUGUAAGAGCACGCCGGGGAAGAGCCGCGGAGCCGCAGGACGGGAUGGCAGCGGGAAGCCCGGUUGCGGCGGGGAGCGCUGCCCCCCGCUCCGGGCCGGGCCGUGCGGUUCCGCGCUGGCCGCUCUCCUCUCGGCGCUGGCCGCCGCCUCCUGCGUCUACCUGGGGGUGCGGACCAGCGACCUGCAAGCCAGGGUGGCGGCCAUCGAGGACGCCCGAGGGGGCUUCUCUGUCGCCACCCCGCUCCCCGGUUACUCCUUGGAGCAGCUGAACGCGAUGAUGCAGGAGAAAGUGGAGCGACUCCUCGCCCAGAAAUCCUACGAACACUUGGCAAAAAUACGAGUAGCCAGAGAAGUGCCUCCAGAGUGCAACUGCCCACCAGGUCCUCCAGGGAAAAGAGGUAAGCGGGGCAGAAGAGGAGAGACUGGACCUCCUGGUCAGCCUGGUCCUCAAGGCCCUCCUGGUCCAAAAGGCGAGAAGGGAGAUCAAGGUGAUCAGGGCCCUCGGAUGGUGUUCCCUAAAAUCAAUCAUGGGUUUCUCUCUGCUGAUCAGCAGCUCAUUAAACGCCGCCUCAUUAAGGGGGAUCAAGGGCAAGCUGGACCCCCUGGGCCUCCAGGGCCACCAGGACCCAGAGGUCCCCCAGGAGAUACUGGCAAAGAUGGUCCUCGUGGGAUGCCUGGCGUGCCGGGUGAGCCAGGAAAACCAGGAGAACAAGGACUGGCAGGACCACAGGGACCUCCAGGACAAAAGGGUUCUGUUGGAGUGCCUGGAGUUCCAGGGAGAGAUGGACAAGUGGGUGAACCUGGUUUGCCUGGCAUAGCAGGAGAGAAGGGAGCAGCAGGGCUUAAGGGUGACCCUGGAGAAAGAGGGGAAAAGGGUGAUGCUGGAGAAAAUGGACCUAAGGGUGACACAGGAGAAAAGGGUGACCCUGGUUCUUCUGCUGCAGGAAUUAAGGGUGAACCUGGUGAAUCUGGACGGCCUGGACUAAAGGGUGAACCAGGUCUUCCUGGGCUUCCUGGACUCCCUGGGAUAAAGGGUGAACCAGGUUUCAUUGGUCCACAAGGAGAGCCUGGGUUGCCAGGACUGCCAGGAACAAAGGGUGACAGAGGAGAGGCUGGCCCUGUUGGGAAGGGUGAGAGAGGUGAACCUGGGGUUCCUGGACCAAAGGGGAAAACAGGUGAACCUGGACCUAGAGGCCCAAAGGGGUCAAAGGGUGACACAGGUGACAGAGGGGACACAGGAUCUGCAGGUCCACGGGGACCACCUGGACAGAAGGGUGAUCAAGGUGCAACAGAGAUAAUCAAUUAUAAUGGCAAUAUCCAUGAAGCUCUGCAGAGGAUUGCCACCCUGACUGUCACGGGGCCACCAGGACCACCAGGACCCCAAGGGCUGCAAGGGCCAAAGGGUGAACCAGGAUCCCCAGGAAUUCCAGGAGUUGAUGGGGAGCAGGGUCCUAAAGGCUCAAAAGGAGAUACAGGUGACCCUGGAAUGCCUGGAGAAAAGGGAGGGAUUGGACUGCCUGGCCUGCCAGGAGCCAAUGGUGUGAAAGGUGAAAAGGGAGAAGUUGGUUUCCCUGGUGCCCAAGGUCCAUCAAUGAUAGGACCACCUGGACCACCAGGGCCACAUGGGCCUCCAGGCCCUAUGGGACCUCAUGGACUGCCUGGCCCAAAGGGAGCAUCUGGCUUAGACGGAAAGCCAGGAGCCCGGGGUGUAGAUGGCCCAGUUGGUCCCCAUGGCCCUGCAGGUCCUAAAGGAGACAGAGGUGAAAAGGGAACUGUAGGUGAGCCUGGACCCAGAGGACCAUACGGCUUGCCUGGCAAAGAUGGAGAGCCUGGCCUUGAUGGUUUCCCUGGUCCUCGAGGAGAAAAGGGUGAUAUAGGAGAAAAGGGAGAAAAGGGAUUCCGUGGAAUUAAGGGGGAAAAAGGGGAGCCAGGCCAGCCUGGCCUGGAUGGGCUGGAUGCCCCUUGCCAAUUGGGUCCUGAUGGAUUACCAAUGCCUGGCUGUUGGCAAAAGGGAGUGACACCAUGGCUUAUUGCUAAAAAGAGAUAA